AUGCUUUCAACCGCUUACGAUCUGAAAACCGAUGUAUACUUCCCGUAUCCGCCGGCUAUCACUUCGACAAUGAUGGCACCAAAUUUUCCUCAGUAUAAUGUUCCGCUACAGUCCUAUGAGUUGGCAAAAGACGAAAAUUUUUCAAGGACAAUACCAGUUCAGGAAAAACCCGGUGAAAACUAUCAAGCCGGUACUUCGUGUCAACAGAAGCCGGACUCGUGUUUUGAAGAUGAGGAGUCGAGGAAAAAGUACCGAGAACGGCGGGAUAAAAAUAAUUUAGCUGCAAAACGAUCUCGUUUGAACAGAAAAGAGCGAGAACAACGAAUGGCAAGACAGGUUGCUGAACUUGAAAAGCAAAAUGCCGAGUUAAGGCGACAAGUUGCUGUUUAUGCACAACAAGUUGAAAUUCUUAAAAAACAGUGUGAACAACCGUUCACUUCCUUAACACCAUUCGCUUAUACGGCUCAGCCACAGACGGGUAUACUACGCGAGAACUCGAACAACAUAUUGGCACAACAACAGUCUCAGUUCAUGGUAAGAGUCCUAACCCAAGAGCCACUAAUACAGCAGUAUUUCGACCAUCUAUACAAAACCAUUCGCUCAACCUUGGGUGCUUUUCGAAACAAAGUGAGUGAGAAAAUCAAAAGCAGAGCGGAAAAAAGCAUUGCUGAUGUCGGUAUUGCCGUGGAAAAGUAUAGUACAGUGACAACAAUCGACAUUUUCCAGUGGUGA